GCCAGGCGCAUACCUUUCGGUUUUUAAUUCAAACUCUCCACAAACACAAUCUUCCAGACUCAACGAACCUUGGUAUCCAUCAUGAGGUUCAAAUUGUCGUUCUCUCUCUUGCUUCUUCUCGGACUUCUGGGACACUUUGUCUUGGCUGGCCUACUACCCCUGAACCCAAACACUGGCUACCCUGAGACCAAAGACCGAAGCCAGAAACAUCGCUACCCCGUUUCGCACUUCCGAUAUCAAAACAAUGAAGACAACUCAGAAGCAAAAACUUUGCAGCGUCGACGUAAGCCUCUACCUCCUGCUAAUGCGGGUCCAAACACGAAGCCAACCAGCAACCUUCCACCCAUGCCUCACAAUCUGUAUGGUGAACCUGAUUGGGCCCACAGCUGGAUCCAGAGAGACGGUGAGCAUGAGGCAGUUCGCAACCUCAAUGUGAGCAUACAGCAAAUCAGCAAAUCGCCAGUCAUUAUCAAAACUCGACUACAGAACGCAGGCAAAUAUCACGUUAGGUUUUGGGGACCUGGGUCUCCGAUAAGCCUGGAAGCCAUUGAAUAUGGGCUCUUCAAAAUCUAUGCAGACGACCUGAAGGCGAAUUUCGGGCAGGCGACAAAAGAGCGCAAGAAGAAAUACGAAGGCUUGGAUAAGGACGAUGAUACUAUCCUUCACCUGAAUCCGUUUUCGGUUAUCGAGCGCGACUUCACAUUCCCAGGGCACUCCCAGUCAAAUGUAACAUGGUACAAGAUGUUAAAUGUUGCAGAGCAGGUUAACGUCACUCUUGAGGGAGAAUGGUAUGGUGUAAGGGCGAGAGGGAGGAAGGCUUUUGAGAAGAGAUGCAUGAAGAAAAAGAUGGUUUGGGCGAAUAAAAAGUUUUGGUUCAAGUCAAAUACCCUGCAGCUAGACCUUCCAUAA